UGUGUGUGUGUGUGUGUGUGUGUGUGUGUGCACAUGCACUGUUUCAGCCUGAGAAGACUUCACCACAGAAACCUGUUUUUCAUUCACUGGUUAAUUUACGCAUGUUCUCGCGUCGUCUUUCUAUAGAAAAAACACUUUUAUUUUACUACUUUGUUUAUCUGCGUCUGUAGAACAUCUUCACAUUGAUACGGUUCCUCUUUAGGAGCGCGUGGGGCAGCAGAACGUCUUCACGUCGAUACGGUUCCUCUUUAGGAACGCGUGGGGCAGCAGAACGUCUUCACGUCGAUACGGUUCCUCUUUAGGAACGCGUGGGGCAGCAGAACGUCUCCACGUCGAUACGGUUCCUCUUUAGGAACGCGUGGAGCAGCAGAACGUCUUCACGUUGAUACGUCAGUUUGUUUCCAGUUAAAGCAGCUGGAACAGAAACCCAUCAGAUCUCCAUGUAAACCAAUUAGCAACAAGUAAUCAAGGAACCUCUGAAGCUCAUUAGGGGGUUGUUUACCCAGUGUAUGUGUGUGUGUGUGUGUGUGUGUGUGUGUGUGUGUGUGUGUGUGUGUGAUUGUUUAUUCUGUUAAAGAAUUAACUGAUUUAUUCAGAGUCUCAGUUCUAACAAACACAAAGGAGGACGGAUGACAGACAGAAAGACGAGGAGCGUCUCGUCGCCAUGUUUUCUCAGCACAAAAGGUGUAAAAACCAACAUAGGAACCAGUCCAGACUCUUCCUCCUCCUCUUCAUCAUGUCUCCAUAAGUGUGAUGAAAUAAUAACUCCAGGUUUGUCUCUCAGCUGACUGAAUAAAGCUUUACUUUAACAACUGGAAUAAGAAUCAUGAACAAAACAAAAGAUCAGGAGCGUUUUAACUUUGACUUUCUGUCUGAGUGUCUGCCGCCUCGGGUGUGUUGGAUCUAUCCUCCUGUCCGUCCCUCUCUGCUGCACGUGUGUGUGUGUGUGUGUGUGUGUGUGUGUGUGUGUGUGUGUGUGUGAGAAGCAGCAGAGAAGGAAAUUAAACCCUGAGUGGCCCGGGUCCAAGAUGGCCGCCACGCCCUAGUAGCCGUGGCGAUGGAGGGCUGCUAAUGAGCGCGCUCGGCCAUCGGGUUCACGUCUGUUUGAGACGUUUGCUGUUUGUUUGUCUGUUAAACAUCUCAUCUUUGGACACAUUAAAGAACUGUGGUGUCCAAACACCCUGAAUGGUUUCCUGUGUAUUCUGUGGUAAAUGAAGGGUUAAUUAAAUGUAUUUUUAAGGGAUUGUUGUGUUUUACUGCUGAAGGAAAUAUAAAAUACCAAAUGUGGCACCAGUUCCUCAAAGGUUUCUCACUUCUGUGAUGGUGAAUUCAACAUCUCUCAGCAGGUUCACUUCAUAGUAGAUGGUUGCAGCCUGACAGUCAGACUGUUCUCCUGUGAUGGAAUGAUACGACUUUACUCAGAGCAAAGAGCACAAACUACAACAACUACUGUGAGAAGCCUUUAUGUUUGUGUCUCUUUGUGGUUGUUUUUGUCUCUUUGUGGUUGUUUUAAGCUCUUUUAUCUCUUUGUUGUGGUUGUGUCUUUUUCUAGUGUUUUUGUGCUCUUCAUAGCAGCAGAACGUCCAAAACCUUAAAACUGAACAAAGAUAGAGAGAGAGGUGUCUGUAAUUAGAGCACUACUGUUAACUCAGCAACACGACACACACUGUAACACACACACACACACACAAACUCCCCGAUGACCUGGUGUGUCCAGGUUCAGGACUGUGUCGCUGAUUCAGGACUUUACCUUUUCCUCUUUUGUGUGUGUGUGUGUGUGUGUGUGUGUGUGUGUUACAGUGUGUGUGUGUUCAGGUGCAGUCAGCUCUUUGUUCUGUCUCGUCAGGCUUUUAAUGAAGCUCACAGAUUAAACACAGAGUGAAGUCAGGUGUGUGUGUGUUGAGGGUCCUCAGUGAGUUAAUUAUCUCUCUUCAAACCUCUGAGACUUCCUGUCUUUAUUUCUUCUCUCCAUCUUUUCUUGUUUCUUCUUUUUGUCAUCUCAGACAAGUUCGGAACAAAGACGUUAAAGACGCUAACGACGCUAAAGGCGAUAACAACGAUAAAGAUGUUAAAGACAAUAAAGACGCUAAAGACAAUAAAGAAGCUAACUACGAUAAAGACUAUGACGACGAUGAAGACUAUAAUGACGAUAAGAACUUUAACGACGAUAAACGACGACGACGAUAAAGACGAUGACGACGAUAAAGGGGAUGACGACGAUGAAGACGAUAAUGAUGAUAAGAACUUUAACGACGAUAACGACAUUAACGAAGAUAGUGACGAUAAAGACGCUAACGACGCAAAAGACAUUAAAGACGAUGACGACGAUAAAGACACUAAAGACGAUAAAGACACUAAAGACGAUGACGACACUAAAGACGAUGACGACGAUAAAGACGAUAAAGGCGACGAUGACGAUAAAGACGAUAAUGAUGAUUGCGAUGAUGAAAUCAUCCGGGCGUUUUAUGUUUUAUCAGAAUAAAUAUACCUGGAUCUCAAUGAGGCUUCAGCCUUUUUUUAAAAGUUAAAACACAUCAGAACACUGUG